AUGCCCCGGCGCGAGAGCAGCGCGCGCCACACGAGCACCACGACGACGACGACGGCGGCGGCUACGACGGCGGUGCGGCGGACAGCGAUCGUCCUGCUGGGCUUUCUGCUCGGGCUCGCGUCCUCGCGCAGGACCCACGCCACGACGCUCGAGGCCAGGUGGGAAACGCUGUUCGCGCGCUCCGUGCUCGGGAUCUCAGGGGACAACGACUAUCUGAUGGGCGUCAAAAGAGUGCGGAGGCUGUACUGCAACGUCGGCAUCGGGUUUCACCUGCAGGUGCUGCCAGACGGAAGGAUAAACGGUGUACAUGACGAGAACCAGUACAGUCUGAUCGAGAUCUCGGCAGUGGAGAGAGGAGUGGUGAGUCUGUACGGGCUGAAAAGUGAGCUGUUUGUCGCAAUGAACCGCCGGGGAAGGUUGUACACGACGAAAGUCUUCCGGGACGAGUGCAAGUUCAAAGAGACAUUGCUUCCCAACAACUACAACGCCUAUGAGUCUUCCAUUUAUAAGGGCUUCUACAUCGCCCUGAGCAAACAUGGCCGCCUGAAGAGAGGCUACAAGGCCACGCCGGCUAUGACCGUCACGCACUUCCUCCCUCGAUUAUGAGCGAGACUGGCAAUAACUCACUCUUUUUUUGCACAUGUUGGACGUUCUCGCAGGUAACUUAUCCAUAAGGCACGAAAAAUGAACUGCUAUCAAACGAUGCGUAUCAAAACACGUAAUUAAUUAUAGUAUUUAUUCUCGUUAACGAAAUAUA